CCCUUCUCGUGGGAAACUACGACGGCGUUCGUUUUGAGGGUGAAGGCUAAGGGACCCCCAGACGAGAUGGUCACUUUGGAGGUGGACCGCAACGUCUUCAAGUACAACGUGCACAUGCCUUGGUACGCCCGGCUAGUCCUCGGAAAGAACAUCAUCUGGCACGACGUUCUUCACGCGAACCCAACCACCAAGACGCUGUCUGAAGAUGGCAUCAACAUGAGCCUGCAACGGCUGGGCACGGUGCGGGACCGUUCAUCGUGGCGGGCAUGCGAGGAUGAUCCAGACGUGACCAUGUACAGUAAGCGAGUGGACUUUGACAUCCGGAUGCCGGUGGGGCCGACGAUCAUGAUGCAGGUGGCGCAGCCCCUCAUGCGGUGGUUCAGGACCAAGAGCCACUUGUGUAGAGAGCUGGAAGUGCAGGCGAUUCGCGACUUCAUCGAGGCGGAGAAAGGGAAGACUGAGGAGGAGCGGACAGAGCGCCUAGCGAACGACGCGGCAUGGAUGGCAGCCUUGACAGCGGAGGCAACCCCGCCCGGGUCUCCCCCCCCGCGUGCUCCGUCAUCCUCCUGCUGUUCUUCGGAGGCAGAUCGGAAGGAACAGGUGCACGCCGAGGAAGAGCAAGCGCAGCCGGCGACAAGGCUAGCGGGAGCCAGGGCGAGAGUGAAGAACGUGCUCUCCAAGGCCAGGGCGAAGCUAGCCAAGGUGGUGGGAGCGGGUGCGGCCGAGAGAUCGCAGGCGGCGACGACGUCGGCGGCGGCGGCCGGCGCGGCAGCGGACGGCUCGUCAGCGUGAUUCUUCUCGCUGUUUGUUCGAUUCCAUCAGGAUAGGCUCUCUCACGAGGCGACGGCCGCAGCCACCCUAGAAGCGAAGCAUGGUUGCGGCGGUGGGAGUAAUCACGCUACCGUGGCUUGCAAGGCUAUAGGUGAGGGCUUGCAAGAGGCCGUUGGGUGUCUGGAUGGCGGCAUGUAUUGUUGGCCGGGUAGCGUAAGGAGAGGCCGGAUUGUCGAUCCUGGGGGUGGCCGCCGUGAGCGGGGCAUGGCUGUUUGUGUAAUGAUUAUUUUUUCGUGCAGGCGUUUCUUCGUUUGCUUUGGUAUCUGCGGUAUCUACGGGGUUCGGUGUUGUGUAACCGUUGGUUUAAGUUGUAACUGUUGUCGGUUGGAUAGUUUUCUGCCUGUGAGGGGAAGAGGCGGCCGGUUAGAGGGCUAGCCCCCGUCGUUGUGGGCUGUGUAUGUGUCCUGUUACAAAUCCCCGUCUUUUGUUUUGUUCUUUUCUGGUCGCGCAUGGUCCGUGUCUCCAUGUGGGAGAAGUUGACCGGCUUUUACGAUACUCCCCACGUUACAGCUCUCAUGCAUUCCGUCUGACUCCGGUUGGUCCAACGUAGCGUAUCAUCUGGACUGUAAAGCGCGUGUCCGGUGUAGGUUGCGUGUUCUCUACCUCUCUUGUUUCUUGUCAGGGUUGGUGGCCUGUGACGGUGGGGAAGGGCGCUACAUAUUCGCGCGCGCGGUGGGGGUCACCUUGUGGGGGUCUGUAUUUGAUGAGAGUGACACUCUGCGGCACUGGCUCGCGGCUCCACGAUAAACUGUCCAGUGUCAGAUCAGAUGUUUUCCCGUCCCAUUGUACAAGGGGUGUGGACGACCAAACUAGCGUGUACCCACCUCCGUGCCUGUCUGAGCGUGUGUAGACUACACGGGAAGAUAAGUAGUUGCAAAUAGCUGUAGGAAGAAGCACCAUGACCCUAUCCUCAACGGCUAUAGAAUGCCAUAGUUGGACUGCUGUGCGCGAGUCGUGGCAUCGAUCUGCUGCUGCGGGAAUAGUCACUACUGCUGUGGCCGAGUGCGUCGGUAUGACCGAUGGCAACGCGAGCACGUGAGUGCCAAGGAUUCUACCUGACUGGCAUGAAAUGUUGACAGCCACUAAUGGGAGGCGCGUCACUGAUAGAUAAAUAGAUGGCAGCUGAUACUCUCCCGCAGAGACGUUGUGUAAAUGAGGUGUGCUGCAUUGCAUCACGAAGUAUCCCACGUACCCUGCUCUCUUCUCCGAAACGGGGAAGAUCUCCACAGCAAACCUUGUCUGUGCCCCCGCGGCCCGCUCGCACUUUCCAUCAUUUCCUUGUGGAUGUCUGGUACUGUACUCUGGUUUUACCAAAAAUGGAACAGCUGCUGUUGCACACUCUGCCGUGCGCUCAGACCGACCGGUGUGGCAAUA